AUGGCCGCCCGGUCCGUCGCCCUCGCCGUGACGCUCUGGUGGUACUACCGCACCCUCGUCCUGAGCCGCUCGUGGCAGACGCCACUGGCGCUUGCAUCGGGGCUCGCCGAACUGGGGCUGGCCGCGUUGGGCGGCGGAGUCGGCGGCGCUAUUCGCGAGGCCCGCGCGGUCGCGGCCGACCUGGCGCGACCGUGGGCCGUCGCAGCCGACCCGACCAUCACGUCUGGCCGGCAGCUGUACGAGCGGCUCCUCCUCUCCCUCUCGUGCGCGACCUCCUACACGUACGCCUACGGACCGCUCUCCGGCGUGGUGCAGUUCGCCCUCUUCGCGCCGUGCGAGGCGCUCGCCGCGAUCGGCCGCGGCCCGUCGCUGCUCGACCCUUUUCGCGCCGCGACGCUGCUCUGCGCGUGGCUGCUCUUUCACCUCGGCGAGCAGCGCCCUCUCGCCCGCGCCUCUGCCCCCCCGCCACACCGCUCACCCUCUCCACCUCUCGCCAUCUCCGCGCUGCUGCACCGCUACUUCUCCCACCGCUCCUUCGACGCGCCUCGGCUCGUCUCGCUCGCCCUCGGCGUCUGCGCGUGCGGCGCCUCGCAGCGCGGGCCGCUGUGGCACCACCGCUUCUGCGACGAGCGCGACGCGCCGACCGACGCCUCGCACCCCGACAAGAGGCGUUCUGACGCGGACCGCGACCCGCACUCGCCGGUGGCGGACGGAUGGCUGCACGCGCACCUGCUGUGGAUGACGCAGCGGCGCAACUUUGCGACGCGGCCCGAGUACGUGUCCGACUGGCUCCGCGCGGCGCCCGAGCUGCUGUUUGUGGACCUGUGCUUCAUGGACGUGCUCGGCCUCAUCGAAGGCGGCUGGACGGCGCUGCUUGGGGCGGUCGAGGGGCGGAGCUACCGGUGGGCCACCGCCGCCAUGCUGCUCAAGCACGGCCGCACGCUCGGCCGCGCGACGGCGUGGCACGCCACCUUCGCAGUCAACAGCCUCUGCCACCACGCGAGCGCGGUCGAGUCCACUUGCGGCAGCCGCAACAUCAGCCUCCUCUCGCUCGCCUCCUGCGGCGACUCGUACCACGACAACCACCACCGCAGGAGCGGGGCCGCGAGGCACGCGCCGCCAGAGGGGCUCGACCUGGCAUUCGCCGCCAUGUGCGCCGCGCAGCGGAUCGGCCUGAUCCACAAAGUGCGCGAGAAGUGA